CUAUAAUGACAGCACAAGCACACACGCUUUGUCCACGAAACGCUGAUAUUUUUUUUAUUUCAUUUUAUUUCUCGCAUAUAAACAAAAUGUGAAGAUUGAUUUGUUUCUUUUUGCUAUUAUCUUAAUUGGUGUAUUAAAUAUGUGACUAUCAUAUAUUUAUAGAUGGCAAUUUGUUUUGUAUAAUCUAUUGUGUUGUCUGUUUAUAUAAAGAUAUUUUUUGUUCCAUCUGUUUGUCUUCUACCAAUUCUUUCGCUCUUGACCUGUUGCUUCCAAAAAAAUUCGUCAUGAUAAUAAUAAAUAAGGGGGAAGAAUAUCAUUACAAUUAUUUAAGGGUUGUUUAAAGUUGUAUACAUAAUGUCAAACUAUCCAUAUGAAUAUGCAAGAUGUCUAGAUAUGGAUCAAAUGGAAGAAUCAUCCCAAGCUCAUUUUUUGGAAGGUUUCAUUCCGCUUCUCACUCUUCACGAGACAUGUGGUGCACUUCUUAUAAUUUUGGUAAUCAUAUGGACGAGUUACUAUAGAGAUGGUUUCUCAUGGACAUCUAAUCCGCAACUUGAGUUUAAUUGGCAUCCUUUGUUAAUGACUAUAGGACUCGUGUUUCUGUAUGCUAAUGCCAUGCUCAUCUAUAGAACGCAAAGAAAUGUCCGCAAACGCCGACUAAAGCUGACUCAUGCAGGAAUGAUGUUAUUUAUUGUAUUAUUGACAGUGAUUGCUUUAGUAGCGGUCUUUGACAGUCAUAAUUUAGCUUCGCCAAAACCUGUGCCAAAUAUGUAUACGCUACAUAGCUGGGUGGGAUUAACGACUGUAAUAUUAUUUUGCUGUCAGUGGGUUGCUGGAUGUAUCUCGUACCUCUUCCCUGGGUUACAAUCUCCAUUACGAUCUUCUUAUAUGCCAAUACAUGUGUAUUUUGGCAUUGCAACUUUUAUUGGUGCAAUCGCAUCGUGUUUAUUGGGACUCAACGAGAAAGCAAUUUUCACAUUGAAGUAUCAAUACCAAAACUUUGUGGGUGAAGGAAUACUAAUAAACUGUAUAGGAUUGCUAUUCAUAUCAUUUGGUGGCUUAUCUGUAUAUUUGGUAACGCAGGAACGUUAUCGACGUUUACCAAGACCCGAGGAUGACGUCUUAUUGUCUCGCUGAUAUACUAAUUUCACUGCUUCCUGUGAUUCACUUCACAAUAUUAUAUAUCAAAUACCAAAUCUCAAAUUCAACGAAACGUACUUACUACAAGUUUCUUAGCUAUUGUAAGUUUUAUAUAUAAUUUAUAAGGCUGAUUUCUGAUUAAUUAAAAUGAUACAUCCGUUUUAAUUAAAAAAUAAUGGGAAACGAUAAUAAUUUAUCGAAUCUUUUUAUUACAUUCUAUUUAAAUUUUUUAUUAAUUGUUUUUCUUUUAUAUUUUAUUACUUAGAUAAAAUAUAUAUUUUUACGUAUGUGUGUGUGGUGCUAUAUAUUAUGUAUAAUAUUUACAUAUACUUUGUUACACGCAUACAUGUAUUUAACAUGUUAUAUUUUUAAAUUAUUUAAUUAAUAUAUAUACAAAUGUGUAAUAUAUAUAUAAUAUAUAUAAAUAUGUAAUAUGCAAAAAAAAAAUAUAUAUAUAUGUAAUCUCAA